AUGACUCGCAUCGAGGAUAUUCCUACUUCAACCAUGAAGGCCUUCCCUCAUGUGUUUGAUGACCCCAUGAGCAUCCCCAAGUCCGUAGACCCCUUCACCAUCACCGCUGCCUCAGGGUUCAUGCCUACCAUCCUCCCUGCAACCACACUGCCGGAGGUAUUUGCUCCUCUAUCCUCUAUCAUGGACCGUCUCCCCGUCCGCAAGGCAGAUGGAACCCCCGGACUCCUUGCUACCUAUGAACUGGGUGAUGUUGUCCAUGCGGAGCUCCCUGACCUCACGGAUCAGAUUGACAAGGUCGUUACCUCUGAUGGCAAGCCAGACCUAUACACCCUCACUGCUAUCUUCAGGGACUACUCCUUCCUGGCCUCCUCUUACCUCUUGGAACCCUGCUGGAAGUCCUGGAACACCAGCCCUGACCAGAGCUAUGGUCUUGGACGGGAUAGACUUCCUCACUCCAUUGCUGGUCCAAUGUAUAAGAGUGCUCAGAUCUUGGACCUUCCCCCAUUCCUCUCCUAUGCUGCCUCCUAUGCUCUGUUCAACUAUGCCCUUGCAGAUACCUCUAAGGGAUAUGACUACUCCAACUUAAGGCUCAUCCGUGGCUUCGAGCACGGUCUUGACCCUGCCAGCUCUGAGGCCGGCUUUAUCCUCACCCACGUCUACAUGGUCAAGGAGACUGGCUCCCUUGUCGAUGGUGUAGUCCGUAUCCUCAAUGCCGUUGAGCAAGGCGCUGACCGUGCUACCGUCAACGAUGCCUACCGUACCAUCCUUGCUGGUAUGGCUAAGAUCGAACAAUGCAUGGAAGACAUGUGGAAGAACUCCAAGCCCGGUGACUACAUCUCUUUCCGUGUCUUCAUCUUCGGCAUCACCUCGCAGUCCAUGUUCCCCAACGGUGUCGUCUAUGAGGGUAUCGAAGACAACCAGCCCCUGAACUUCCGUGGCGAGUCCGGAGCCAACGACAGCAUCAUCCCGCUGCUUGACCACCUCUGCCAGAUCCCCAUGCCAGAUACUCCACUAACUAAGAUCUUGCAUGAGUUCCGUGCUUACCGCCCACUGCCCCACCGCAAGUUCCUUGCCCAUGUCGCCGCUAAGUCUGCCGAGCUCAACAUCCCCAAGUAUUCCAUGGAGGACCCAGAGACUGUCUUCCUCUACCUAAAGACACUCGACCACGUCCGCAGCUUCCGAUGGAGACACUGGCUCUUCGCCAGAGAAUACAUCAUCAAGCGCACCUCCCACCCAACUGCUACUGGAGGAAGCCCUAUCGUCACCUGGCUUCCCAACCAGCUCUUCGCCGUCAUGGAUCUCAUGAUUGCCACUUACGACAGUGCUGUUGUUCCACUAUUGAAGAACGGAGCUGGCACCAAGGGUGAGAACCUUGGCUCAUUCGAUAAGUACAAGGACCAGGUCGAGGAGAUGAUGGAGCUUGUACGAGACCAGAGGGAUAAGCUGGACAAGGAAGUUCUCAAAUGGUGCCAGGAACGAGGAGUUCCAUCAAACAAAUAA